UUUCCAGCUUAGCCCCGGUUCCAAAGUUCUGGUUGUUGGGGUCUUCAGUUUCCACGCCACACCUCUCUAGUGGAGCUAAAAGCAAGAGGAUUAAUUAUUCUUAGUUUCGCCAAGUUUUUGGGUUGGUAGUUUGGAGUGGACGGACGGCACUGGAAUUUUCAUCUCCGGUGGUCUCCUUGUUCUCCCUCGUCUGCUCUCAGGUCAUCUCACUUUAAAGAGAUCGAGAUGGAAGUUAUUGUGUCAAGUGUUGCUGAUGCUGCGCUCUCCGCUUGCUUCCGCUCCCUAUGCGAAACUCUGUCGUCCCCCGACUUCCUCAAAUUCACACGCGACGAGCAGCUCGCAGCCGAAAUGAACAAGUGGCAGAAGCUCUUGCGUCAAAUGAAUGCCUCGCUCGAGGAUGCCGAAGAGAAGCAAAUCACGAGCCUUGCCGUCGAACACUGGCUCGACGAAUUACAGCAUGUUGCUUUUGAUGUCGAGGAUGUCGUCGACGACCUCGCCACCGAGACUUUGCGGCGGAAAUUAACGGAGCACACUCGGCAGCCUUCGGCAAGCACUAAUAAGGUAUGGAAGUUUAUCGUCCCAUCGUGUUUCCGUGCUAUCAAUAUGAAUAUUAUUAAGUUUGAUGCCGAGAUCAAACCGAAAAUACAAGAAAUUACUGCAAGAUUGGAUGAGUUGGUGGUACAAAAGAGGAUUUUGAAGUUAGAAGAGAUUGUUAAAGGUGGGUCUGAGAAGGUGCUUCAGAGAGUCACUACUUCUCUUGUUGAUGAGUCUCGUGUUUAUGGUAGGGAAAGUGAUGCAGAUGCCGUUGUGAACUUGUUGAUGAUGGAUGGCGGAGAAAUUGGUGAAGGCAAAAUCGGUGUGGUUUCGAUUUUAGGUAUGGGAGGGUUAGGGAAAACUACUCUUGCUCAGUUAGUUUACAAGGAUGUUCGAAUCGAGGCUUCAUUCGAGUUGAGAGCCUGGGUGUGUGUCUCCGAGGAAUUCGAUGUUCUUAAGGUGACAAAGACCUUGAUUCAUGCUGUUGCUUCCGAUAUCGAUGAGUCGAAGGAUUGGAAUUCACUUCAAGUGCAGCUCGAGGAGGAGUUGCGGGGAAGAAAAUUUCUGAUUGUUUUAGAUGGCAUGUGGAAUGAGAAUUAUGACCAUUGGGAUCUUCUAUGCAGACCCUUUGCUGCAGGGGCUGCCGGGAGUAAAAUACUUGUCACGACUCGGAAUGAAUCGGUUGCGGCUAGCUGUGGGGGAUGCCGGCACCAUUUGAAGAAACUGUCGAAUGAUGAUUGUCUCUUGAUAUUAACCUGUCAUGCUCUCAGAGCCAAGAAUUUCGAUGAAUACUUGAAUUUAAAAGCCGUUGGCGAGCGGAUAGUGGAAAGGUGCAAAGGGUUGCCACUUGCCGCUAAGACCUUGGGAGGACUACUUAGGACUAAAGUGAAUCAGGGUGAAUGGGAGGACAUUCUGACGAGCAAGAUAUGGGAUUUGCCUGACAAAAGAACUGGCAUAAUGCCGGCUCUGAGAUUGAGCUACCUUCAUCUUCCUUCCCUUUUGAAACGAUGCUUUGCUUAUUGCGCCAUAUUCCCAAAGGAUAACGAAUUCGACAAGGACGAGCUGGUUCUCUUGUGGAUGGCGGAGGGUUUCUUACAACAGCCAAGAGGAGGUGCACGAAUGGAGGAUUUAGGUUCAAAAUGUUUUAACGAGUUACUCUCGCGAUCGUUUUUCCAACAAUCGAGCAGCAACCAAACGCAAUUUGUGUGCAUGACCUCAUAA